AUGUUCCAACGUGGUUAUCGUCUGCGCCAGCCUUCUGGUGGUAGCCAACAUUCAAGAUCACCUUCACAAGCAAGCCAAUCGCUGAGGCCAUGGUCAAACACAGGAGUUUCACCGGAAAGAUCCACGGGAAGUCUGAACAGAAGCACUACGCCUGACCGGAGCAGCGGCAGCUCAUCCAACCAUCUGUCUGUUGGAGGAUAUGGAAGUGCUUCCUGUCCCCAAAGUUCUCACUGUGGUGACGGCCCAGUGAUACCUGAAUUUGAAGUCGUGCCCCCCACUAGUCCAACGUCAUCGUUGGAUGAGCCAAUCAGCACAGCAGUUCGUCAACGCAGGAACAGCAGAACUUCCCACCAUGGGGAUCCUACCAAGCUCACACCCCAGCGGACGAAACACUUCAAGAUCUAUGCCAAGAAGCUGUGUGAAGACAACGAGGUUCCAACCGGAGAAGUCAUGCGUUUCAUUGAUUCUGGCGACAUGUUUUAUAUGCUCAUAGACCUGAAGAUUACCCUCAUCAAACUUUACGAGGUAAACAAGGCAAAGAGAUUGCAGGAAUUGAAGGAUGCCUUGGAAUCAAAGGACUUUGAGAAUGGGCUAUACAACCGUUUGUUUGCAUGCAUGCUGUCGCCAAACAUCACAGCAUAUGUCACUGACACCCAGCUUCAUAUAAUGGAUUUCAUUACCAGUCAUUGUGAUGUCUUCAAAAUCCCCCCUGGAAUGCUCGAGGAUGUCGAAGUCAGAGCUCAGCUGGGCAAAUCAGUCACAAAGCUACUUACCGGUAUUUGUAGCGUCAUCAAGACCGCCCUCACCACGUCAGUUGUCAAGCAUACAAGUGUCGCCGAUGUGACCAGGGCGCUUGCAUGCAGCAGGUCUGGCAUGGAAGUUGAUUCUACACAUUGGAACAGAAUCGCGCUACUUCGGUGUCUUCUGCGAAUUUUUAUCAUCAGCAUCAGCGACUACAAAAGUGCUUCCAUCAAAGAAUUAUUUUCCCCUUACCUUAUUCCGUCGCUCAAGCAGGAUAUGCGGCGAAAAGUUGAAUGCGAACUUGGUGUCAACAUCGAACAGCUUGAGAAUGACUUAUUUGACAAUAAUCACAUGCCUGGGUCCAACAAUCAGGCCUCCCCAGGAACCUCAGCAAACGACGAUCAUGCGCCCAGUGCUAGGAGGAAUGAGAAUGGUGCCGACAUGGAUAAUGAAGAGUUUGAGGAUCAAAGUGGUGAUGGGGAUGCUAACGGAGAGGAUGAGGAGUUGAAUGGAUUGGUUGAAGGUAUUCCGGCGCGGUACAACAAUACCAUCAGAUUCUGGAACUUUGUUGACCACUCGCUCUUAACCAUGCGCCAAAUGUCCAAGGAAUCCUCCUCAAUCCCCGCCCAGCAAGAUAAGGAGUUGCAGAAGUUGUUCAUUGAAAUCUUCCAAGCUGAUCUCGCCGAGUUUCCUGGUGGCAAGAAGCUCUCGAAGUUGAUUUCGAAGACGAAUCCUCGUUGGCAGACUGCUAUUCAAACCGAACUCAUUUGGAACACCUAA